UAUUUCUUAUUUAUGUACCUGUGGAACACGUGUAUACAUAAAUACAUACACAUACAUACAGUGUAUUCCUCUAUAUACUUUAAUUGUAAAUAAUUAUUUAUUGCAAUGGAAUCUCUUCAAGAAAUAUGCCAGUUUUUGCGACCAGAAACACGAUUAGACCUAAAAGCAAUUGCGUUGCAACAUGUGCUCGGUGUAACUGGAUCUGCAGAAGGACGGGAACUUCUACUUAAGUUUCCCGAGUCAUUAACUGACUUGAUUGCUUUAACACAGGAUUCAUCUACAUCAAUUUCUAAAAAUGCAGCGUUGGCUCUAAUAAAUAUAACUGCAGAUGAAGCAGGAACCAAUGCAUUCUUAGUAAUUUCAGAAAUGACCAAACAGAAUCCUGGUGUUAAAUAUAAUUACAAUUUAAUACAUGUUUGUAUUAGAUUUAUAAUGGACAAGGAGAGUAUCCUAAGUGAUCCAUGUUGUAUGAUACUUUCCAAUAUGACCAGACCAUUGCAUUUAGUAGAUAGAGUUAUAACACUUAUCGAAGAAAGUGGAUAUACAUGGGACAGUAUUGUUGCUGCAUUUACUGCAAUGCAAUAUAACAAUGCUGGUGCUAAAUUACAUUAUUUAGGGCCCGUAUUUAGUAAUAUUAGUCAGUCUUCAAGAGUCAGAAGGUAUUUAAUGGACAGAGACCGUAGUGUCAUCCAAAGAUUACUACCAUUCACAGAAUAUGCAGACAGUAUAAUAAGACGGGGUGGUAUAGUAGGGACACUGAGAAAUUGUUGUUUCGAUGUAGAAAAUCAUGAAUGGCUGCUAAGCCCUGAAAUAGACAUUUUAUCUUAUCUUUUAUUACCACUAGCUGGACCAGAAGAAUUUGAUGACGAAGACAAUGACAAGUUACCAAUUAAUUUACAAUAUCUUCCAGAAACAAAGACACGAGAACCUGACAUAGAUAUUAGAAUCAUGUUGCUAGAGGCCUUAGCUCAACUAUGUGCCACUAAACAAGGAAGACAAGUGUUGAGGGAAAAGAACACGUACGCGAUACUUAGAGAGUAUCACAAAUGGGAAAAAAACAAGAAUGCUCUUUUGGCCUGUGAAAAUGUUGUAGACAUUUUAAUCAGGACGGAAGAGGAAAUAGGUCUGGACAACUUGAAGGAUGUAGAAGUUCCUCAUGAGUACACAGAGAAGUUCCAUCAAAUGGACAAAGACUUUAUUAAUAGUGAUAAUUCAUGAUAAAGAAUGCCUGUAUAAUAAACUUUAUGAACAACAAUGUUUCUGUUUUAUCUCACGAAUACUGCAUACACUGUACAUAACAAAAUAAGAACAAUGACUGGCGAUGAAGCGAGACUUCAAGUGAUUCACGACAUUGCACUGUUCCCUUCACUAACAGACUAUCAUCAAAUUACAAUAGAUUUCUCAGGUCCAGUGUAGCAAUAAAAAAACCAU